UGUUUGUGUGUGCAGACCCUGGCUGUGGUGCAGGAGGCCGGACUCUGGGGCGGGAGAACCCCGGCGGCGCUGCCCGGGCCGCACAAGCGCGGCCGAGCCCACAGCCGGGGCCGGGCGGCGGGAUGUCCCUGCGGGAGCCGGGAUGUCCCUGCGGGCGGCGGGAUGUCCCUGCGGGAGCCGGGAUGUCCCUGCGGGAGCCGCGGGCCGGGCGGAAGUGACGGCGGCCGGGCGGAAGCGCCGCCGCGGGGCGGAAGCGCGGGAGCGGCGGUGCCGCAGGAAAUCCGGUUCUGUUACCCGUUUUCCAUGUGUUCGAGCCCUACGUGCGAAGCACGUGGCUGGGCUGCGAGAGCCAGAAGGCAGGAUGCUGUCGAGACCAAAGCCCGGGGAGUCCGAGGCAGACCUGCUGCGCUUUCAGAACCAGUUCCUGGCAGCCAGAGCUUCACCUGCAGUGAAGAUUGUGAAGAAAGCAGACAAGAGGAAAGGGAAGGAAGGGAGCACAGAUGAUGAGAGACCCCCGCUACAGGACAGCAAAGAUGUAGUCAUGCUGGAUGACUUUCCUGAUACUCUCCCAGCUCUAACUCCAGCUCCUCCAAAAAAGUCCAAGAUCAAAAGUGCUAAUGUCCACUUUGAGGAUGAAGAUCCAGAGGAAAGAUUGGACAGUCACGAUCGACACAUUACAGCAGUCUUCAGCAAAAUUAUUGAGCGAGACACAAGUGCAGUAGCAGUGACCAUGCCAGUGCCCACGGGAGAACCAUUCCCAAGCACAUUUCACCGCUCUGAGAUAAAAAGUGAGGUGCAGCUGGGAUCUGGAAGAAGAAGCAUCUUUGCACAGAAGAUGGCAGCAAAAAAAGCUGCUGAAAAGGCAGCGACGGCUCCCUCUGCUGCCGAGUGCCUGGAAGUACGAUCAGCUGCUCCGGACGCCUUGGAUCCUGUGGGAUCGGUGGGAGAGGCGCCUCUCGCCAGCAGCAGGGGUGAUAAAGAUGAUGACUUUUUGACCUCUCAGCAUCCUUGUCUCAUAACGGGAGAGGGUCUUGGAAGCCAAAAGAGUGAGGAGGAAGCUCAAGCUAUUCACAAAGAGAACUUGGAGAAGCUGCGGUCCAUGUCUGAGGAAGAGAUCCUGCAGGAGCAGGCAAGGCUUCUGGCUCAGCUGGAUCCCAGUUUAGUUGCUUUCUUGAAAUCACAACGUGGUAACAAAGAAGGCCAAAAAAAGGAAUUAAAAAUGGAACUGAACAGACCGGAGGAGUUUGUGGAAUCUCUGCCUGUGGCUCAGCAUGGUAUAAGAUCAUCUCCUUCCAUGCAGGAGUCAGGUCUGGAAGAACAUGUAAGGGAGGAAGAAAAUAUGAAGGUAGAAAUCACGGAUGAUGAUCUGCCUGUGAAGCCCAGGAAGGAGUGGAUUCACAUGGACAAUGUAGAGUUUGAGAAGCUGGAAUGGAUGAAAGAUUUGCCCUCACCUCGGCAGAAGAAAACCAAAAAGGGAAUGCAAGCUCGCUUCAGUUUAAAGGGAGAAUUGAUUCCUGCAGAUGCUGAUUUGCCAACACAUCUAGGCUUACACCACCAUGGAGAAGAGGCAGAGAGAGCUGGUUAUUCUCUGCAAGAGCUCUUUCAUCUGUCUCGAAGCCAAGUUACACAGCAGAGGACACUGGCUCUACAGGUCUUAGGUCGUAUUGUUCAAAGGGCCAGGGCUGGAGAGUUUGCUUCCUCGUUGAAGGGCAGCGUUCUGCGUCUGCUGCUUGAUGCUGGCUUUCUCUUCUUGCUGCGCUUCUCGCUGGAUGAUGCAGUGGAAAAUGUCAUGGCAGCAUCUGUUGGUGCUCUCCGGGCUCUGCUGGUGUCACUUGAUGAUGAGAAAUACCUAGAUUGGACUUUCUCAUGGUAUCAAGGGAUGGCUACAUUCCCCUUUGUCCCUAACAAUGAGGAGGAAGAAGAGGAAGAAGAAGAAGAAGAAGAGUUAAAUGGAACAGAGAAAUGUCAAAAUAAAAAAUUAAAGGAUGAAAACAAGCCAGACCCAGAUGUGGCCCGAUAUGAUGUUGUAAAGGGACUUUUGAAGACAAGGAUCCAGCACCGACUGAGGUACAUCCUGGAGGUGGUGCGACCUGUUCCAACGGUAGUCCUGGAUAUACUGCACAUCCUCACCCAUAUAGCAAGGCACUCCUCUGAAGCAUGCAGCCAGCUGCUUGACUGUCCUCGAUUGAUUGAGACCAUUGUCAGGGAAUUUCUCCCUACUCAGUGGGAUCCCAAAGUGGCUGAACCAGGAUUUUUACUUACCAGUCUCCACGGAGUUGCUUGCGCCAGUGCUAUGAAGUUCAUCAGGGUGUUGGCAGCUGGAGGCCGAAAUGCAACAGCCAGGCUGCUUAACAAAUUUGAAAUGAAGAGUCGGUUAAGUCGCUUUGUCGCUGAAGAGCCUCUGGAUGUGCCUCUGCCGAGGGAGGAAGCCACGAGGCUGAGCACGGAAUCCUUCCGGCUGUGGGCUGUGGCUGCCGGCUACGGGCAGGCCUGCGACCUCUACAGUGAUCUCUACCCUGUGCUGGUGAGGAUACUGCAGUCCCUGCCUGAGUUGCUCAAUGAGAAGAGCCCUGUGGUUGAGUUGUCUGUGCAGCGAGCUGCAGCAGUGGUUACUCUGUUGACACAUGUGACACAAACAGCAGGAUACACAGCAGAGCUGCAGGCCAAGUUGAGCAGCAAUAACUCAGAAGAUAGCGAACCGAUCCCACCUCCUCCAGUAGCAUGGAGUCAAGUGUCAGGCUUACAGCCCUUCCUUGAGACAAGUCUGAAAAAAAUCCUUCAGCAGCUAUCCCAGACAGAAACUUGGCAAACUCUCCAGCCUCUGACCACAACUUGUGUGAUCUUCUUGGGAGUUUAUUACAGUGCUUACAGCCAACAGCCAUCAGUCAAUCCAGUUGAUUGCUUAGAGGAACUGGAACGUUUGACAUCGGAGGUGCUGCAGCCCCUUCUCAGCCAGCCAGCCAUAGACAGCAUGUGGGACUUGCUCAGGCCAUGUUCUGCUUUGUGCAACCCUCUGUCCUGUUCUGUGGCACCAGAAUCUGUCAGCAGCAUUGCAUCUCUGAGUUGCACUGGAGGCAAACCUCCUUUGAGUCUGGUUGGCUCCAAGUCACCUUUCCCCUUCCUCACUGCCCUCUUAUUUCUCAUCAAUAACAUCACUCACAUUCACAAGGGUCUGACCAGCAAGUACAGCUCUGUGCUGGGCUUCAGAGGCUUGAAGGAUUAUCUGCAUCAAAGCUGGCAGAGUGGACCUCCCUCUGUGACUCCCUCAUCUGCGUGGAUCCUGCGCCAUGAAUAUCACCUGCAGUACUUCGUGUUAGCAUUGGCUCGGAGAAUGGCAGGCACUUGUCCGGAUUACACCCAGCAUGCCUCGCUCCAUCACUGUGUUGCCAUGGCAUUACUAAGCCGUCUGUUGCCAGGGAGUGAGCAUCUGGCUCAUGAGGUCCUACUGGAUCUUGCCUUUAAUCCAGAGUUUCUUCCUGAAGGGAAAGCUGGUGGGCCAGAGGCAGCUGACUUCUCUAAUAUUCUGCAUCUGGGCACCAGUGCCAAACUGGCACAGCCUGGCUCUGCAGCAGCAUUUGUUCCAAAGGUUACUCGUGGUGCCCUGCUGAGAGAAUCGUACCAGAAUCUGCCUUCCAUUCGCUCCUGCUACCUCUCCCACUUUGUCCACUUGCAGCCCACCCUUAGGCGUUCUCAGGCAUCCUACCAAGGGCAGAAUUACCUCAUCCAGUCAAUGCUGCUUCCUGAGGUCAAAGGGCCCAUCCUGCCUUCAGACUGGCCAUUCUUUCCACUUAUCAGCCUCUACAACAAAGUGACUAAUGCAGAGACACGUGGGGCCAUACUGAACUCUCUCCCACUUGAUCUCAUCAACACUGUGACCUGGAACCUGCAGUGGGUCUUGUUGCUGGAAACCUGGCGUUGUAAAAUCCUUCAGAGCAUCCCGACUGCUGCCAAACUUGCUCGGCUUAUGUGUGUCUUCCUCACUGGCAGUGACCUCUUUCUAGAAGCACCAAUCCACCGCUACACAGCUGCCCUUCUCUCUGUGUAUUGCCAACCCAAGGUCCUGGACUCCCUGAACUUGGAUGCUCCUCUCCCUGGUUUGGCAUCCUUCCACGAUCUCUAUAUAAGUCUCCUAGAGCAAUUUGAGGGCGUCUCCUUUGGAGAUCCACUCUUUGGCGUCUUUGUUCUUCUACCUCUACAGAGGCGUUUCAGUGUUCAUCUGCGUCUCUCUGUUUUUGGGGAGCACACAAAUAUCCUGCGGGCGCUGGGAGUGCCGUUACAGCAGUUUCCUGUGCCUCUUGAGCGCUACACUUCCCCUCCUGAGGAUAACCUGAACCUGCUGCGACUCUACUUCCGAACGCUGGUCACUGGUGCGCUGCGCCACACCUGGUGCCCUGUUCUGUACGUGGUGGCCGUGGCUCAUGUGAACAGUUUUAUCUUCUCCCAAGAAAACACAGCACAGGAGACAGAUGCUGCUCGGAAAAGUAUGCUGCGGAAGACGUGGCUGUUGGUGGAUGAGAACUUGAAAAAGCACCUGCUGUACUACAGACUGGUGAAUGCAGAGAGUCCUUUGGGAUUUGACCUUUAUGAGCAGCUCCCUCCCAUACGACUGAAGUACCUGCAGAUAGUGACACAGAAAGAAAUUACAGAGAAUGCACCAUCACAAGACUCAUAGCAAAGCACUUGUGCAAGAAGAGGGCCAAGGUGAAGAAUGGAAAAGCUCAAUUUACACUUCACUGAUGAAACUACUUUCAGUUCAGAUGGUUUUAGUGUUUUACCCGGACACACUUAGCAUCUUUGCCUAGUGAAGCACUAGUAGAAUGCUCCCAGCCCUGUAGAACAUACAUGCUAUCAAGAUUUGACAGCAUGUGUGUGUGACCUCUCUGUCAUGGAUGAUGGAGCAUUUUCCUCCAUUCUCCUUCAAGUUGUUCUGCUUUUUCCCAGAGGAGUGAGAAUGUGUCUGAAAGCCACUGGACUGUUGAAUAAACUGAAGGACCUGGAAAAGCUGUUUUGUUCAUUCAGGCUGGAAACCGGGUUCUCAGGAUAAUGUCUGUUUUCCCCAGAUUCUUCCAUUGCUUUUUUUGUACCUUGGAUUUUGCAUGGUCCUUUUCUCACACUAUACCCUGCAAACAGAAUGACAGUGUGACAAGGAGGAAUCUGGUCCUGAGAGGUUUAACAUACAUACAAGCAGUUUCUCCAAGGUAGUGUUCUGUGCAUGCACUCAGUAACACAGAUGUAUUUUGUCAGGCCUCUAAGAAAUAUGAAUUCCUAGUGCAGUGGUACUGAAUAUCCUCCCUUGGCUGUCUUUUGGAUGGUCUCUGAACUCCUUUCUUUUCUCCUUUAAUUUGGGUACAUGUAUAACAAGAUCAAAAAUAAUUUCUUUGCAGGCCAUAAUGCUUGGCAAUAACUACCCUUCAUUAGAGAAAAAAAAAGGUAUCUGCUUGUUUAGUUAGAAUCUGUAUUGGUUGCCCUCUGAGAAGAAUGCAAUUUAAAUUUUGAAGUGGAGUUUCCUAGCUCAAACCUAAUUUUAAAAAUGUCUAAUUUGAUCCCACUUCUACAUCCAAAUUCUGAAUUGCAGCCUCAGACACAAAGGCUGCCAAUACAGAGCCCUAAAAAGGGCCAUGUAAAUUCCAGAAUUUCCUCUAGGUGUGUGCUCUCACUGAGUGUUCUCUUAAUAUUUUUGCAUGGUCACUCUGGCAGGCUUUUGUUUGCAGAACUCAACUUUUACAAACAAAACUUUUAAAAGAGAUUUCUGAUGUUCUGUUCUUAUGAAUAAAUUCCUCUGGAAGGUUCAGGGUGAUACCUGGUCUGAAGAGCUCAGCCUCUGUCUUUACCUAUCAAAGAGGCCAAGCUAGCUUCUCUCUGAAGAAUGCAGGCCUGUGUUAACCUUGCUCCAGUGAAUGUGCCAGCAGGAGUGUAAUAGGCUCACUUGUUGUGACUGAAAUUGUUCGUACAAGAAACAAAUUCCAACUUCAUGGAAUCAAAGAAUCAUUGAGUUUGGAAAAGAAAAGACCUUGUGUCCAGCCAUAAUACAGUAUCUUUCUUUCACCUGACAGUCGUGUUGCUGCCCCCUCAAAUGCCUGCAUAAUCAUGUAAUAAGGCUUAAGGCAUUUGUGACUGAUGCUGUCAUUGUAUUGGCAAUUUUCUGAGUGUACCAGUCCCCUUCCUUAGGUUGCCAGAAAAUAGCCAGUUUCAUUUUUUUCCCCUGUAUUUCAGAUAGGAAAUGGGCAGAACUGGUGUUUCUUUCCAAUCUUUUUUUUUUUGGCCUUCCUUUUGAUCUGUGGUUUCUCUCUGCAGCAGGUCGGUGUCAUGUAAAAUAACAAAAGCACAGUGGUCCAACAGGAUUUUUUUGUUGUUGUUAAUUAUUUUAAAAGUAUUUGAUGUGAUUAAAAGUCUAAUCAAAGUCAUUUAAGUUUUAAUCUGUCUAGAUGGUGAGAGCCCAGCAGUUGUCUUUCAGAGCAAUGGAUGGUAAAACUGGAGGACUUCUAACUGCCCAUUUAAGAGCAGCCUUCGUCAAGGACUCUACCUUUUGCUCUUCAGACCACCAGUUACAAAAUCUCUUCCAGUCCUUUGUGGGAUGCAAAGUUGAAUUUUGUAAUGUGUACAGGAUGUAAAUAAAUAUUUUGAUAGCUCUGCAGGAGUGUUUUUAAAAUCAAAAAUACUUUUGAGUCUUUCUUGAAUUUGGAUAGUUCUGUUUGCAGUUUAUCAGUAUCCUGGGACAGCUGCUGCCUUAAAGAGUUCUGCUAAACUUUGGAGCUCUAUAAGAAAGCUCCUCAAGCCAAAAAGAAAGCUCCUCAAGCCAAAAAUUCCAUCCUGCUUGUGUGAUGGGUCAGUAACACAGUGUACCAAAUUCUGUGUGUACUUGGGGAAGGUGCAUGGUGGCAUGAUGUGAUUUGACACAUGCCCCAGGUGGGAGAACUGUCCACAGAUGGUAUUUGAAAUUAUGAUGCAAGUGUCAGCAGUGGAGAGAAGGAAAAGAAUGGAUCCCAAAUAGUUCUGCAAGCCACAGUGAUACACAGAAAAUUCCAAGGAUGCUGCAUAUGAGCUGUAAGCUUUCCAAACGUUGACUGUCACUUGAGAUGGUACAUGAAUAUUUUAAGGCUUUUGGCAAUUUUGUGUGUGAUUUCCCCACAGAACACUAGAGGGCAUUGUUUUAUCUAGUUUGAAUGCAAGAUUUCUCAACCUCAGUGCUGUUGGGACCUGAAAUAAAACCAGCCACCCUUACACAUUGUUGGAA